AGUAUAUAACGGGAAAAUCUUGGAAGAGAAGAGAACAGACUCUUCAGUAGGUUACUUCAGCCUCCUUACCCGCAGCUCCUUCUCUAUCCCUCUCUUAGACACAGUGUCUCCUCUGACACUGAUACUAAAGACACGACCACUUCUAGUCGAUAGUAGCUACCCUGUAUCUCUCUCUCUCCCCGGUUGAUUUGCGCUUAACAUUCCCAUCCUAAACUUUGUGACUUUAUUUAAUGGCCGCUGGACAUACUCUCCUUUCAGAGAUGAACACUGACAAGCAGGCACUAACAAACAUCUUCCAGUUCCUGAAACAUCAAAACCUCAAAGAAACAGAGGAAGCUUUAAAGAAAGAGCUUGGCAUACAUGUGACAACAGUGUCUGCAGUGCCCACCAGUAGCAGUUGCUCUCAGCCUGAAGAAGUUGCAGAUUCAUAUUCAAAAGACACUACUCACCCUCGCUCUUACUCCACUGCCAGUGCUCCUGUCAAUGCUACCAUUCUUGUUGAUGACGAAGAGGAAGACAUUGAACCAGAAGAAGAAGAGGAAGAGGAGGAAGGUCCUCGCUCAUGGCCUGGUGUAGCCCGGUCACCUGGUCCAGUACAGCAACAGAGCUUUGGACCAAAGCCUGUCAUUCCAUUCCAAGUUCCUUCAAUGCUGACCUCACCUCCAGGACCACUCCUCUACAAGCCACCAGCCUCUUUCCCAAUGCCUACAAUAUUCACUCUGGUUCCUCCUGGUCUGCUCGCUCAUUCCCCAAAUGGACUCAUCAAUCGUCCAUUGAGUUUCCCUUCUCGUAGCAGUCCUCCUCUCAUGUCAACAGCCUCUGGUCUUCAGAGCCCUCCUGCUCUGUCACCACUGACUGCUCCUCCUUCAGCCAUUCUCUCCAAACCAAUCAACACUGGCCCAACAACCACACCAGCUAACAUGAACGGAACUCUCCUCUCUCCUGGUACCCAGAAGAACACCAUCACUCUUGCUUCGAUACCGGAUGAAGAACUAACGCCAGCUCACCACGAGCUCAAGGCUUUUGCUGAAGAAUUCAAGACUAAGCGCAUUCAACUAGGAUACACUCAAGGAGCUGUGGGUCAAUCCCUAGCCGAUAAAGGUUACAGUAAUUUUGCUCAAAGUACUAUCAGCCGUUUUGAACAGAUGCAGCUGAGCCCUUCGAACGCUGCCACUAUCAUGACUGUCCUCAAACGAUGGCUGUAUGAAGCUGAGAACCCUGACAUGGUCUUAUCUGGUGAGGGUCAGGUCGACCCUCUAGGACCACCUCGAAAGAGGAAGAAAAGGGUUGUGUACACUCCUCAUGCUCUCUCUAUCCUCAAUAAGUACUUCCUCAAGGAGCCAAGGCCAAACCGUCAGAUCAUUGAAAUGGUUGCUGAGGAAUUGGAUCUACUUCCAGAAGAGGUAAGGGUCUGGUUUUGUAACAAGAGACAGAAGUACAAGACAAGCAAUGGUGAAGUUGAAGAGACUGGUCCAGACUGUCCCUCUCCUUUCUCCCCUCAGUCUGAUGUCACCACCUCCCCACCGCCAGCACCAGUCCAGAAGAAUUGCACUAAGUUCACUAUUGAGGAAUUGAGUAAGUCAUCAGCAGGACAUACUAGCAGUCAGAUAAGUUUUACUAGUAAUUUGACAGUGUCACACCAAGUCCUGCGUCCAAUGGUCUUUGCUACAAGAAGACAGCCUGUGAUGGUCCAGAUAUAGCAAGACCAGCACAGCAGUUAUCAAGAUCAUACAAAGAAUUGCAAGUUUUAAAGACAUGACAGGCCUCCUCUGGCUGUUAAAAACUGAACUUUUUGUUUGUUAUUUUCUUGACUGGGUCUAUAUCAAGACCUGCUUUAUUUUCUCAUGUUUUUGUUCUCCCUUUUUUUAACGAUGCCAUCACCUUGUGGCUAUUGUUUCAUUUAUCAUUAUUAUUAUAAUGCACACUUAACACCAUCACUACCACACUACUAGUUGAUAAAAUUAAUGAUUCACAUAUUGAUAAUGCGUAUUGUGUGUUCCUUUUUGUUCUCAAACAAUUCUUAUUGCCAACCCUCCCUUAA